UUGAAUCUUCAUAACAAACUUGCAAGUCGAGAGAGACAGACGCAAUUGGAGAUUUUUCUCUGUUGCAUUUCACUGUACACAAGUACAAUAUGUUGGGAAGAAAGCUAGGAUUAUUUAACUGUAGUUCAACAAAUUUUCAUCAGGAAAAGGAAAAACAAUCACAAAACAAAGAUCCGAGCGAGUACAUUGCCAGACAUUACCAUGUUGGACAGAUGCUUGGGAGUGGAGGCUUCGGGACUGUAUUCAGUGGAAUUAGGAGGAAGGACAAUUUGCCGGUUGCCAUCAAGAACGUGUUCAAGAAGAAAGUGACGGAGUGGGGACAACUAAAUGGAUGUAAUGUUCCCAUGGAAAUCUGUUUGCUGAAGAAAGUUUCACAAGUCAAUGGAGUUAUCAAAAUGUUGGAAUGGUUUGAAACCAGAAAUGGAUAUAUAAUUGUAAUGGAAAGGCCAGAGCAAGUGAAGGAUUUAUUUGACUAUAUAACCGAGAAGGGUGCUCUAGAUGAGAACACUGCCAAGAACUUCUUCAGACAAGUUUUAGAAUCAGUGUUAAACAUUCACAAAUGUGGAGUAGUACAUAGAGACAUUAAGGAUGAAAAUAUCCUUGUGGACUUAAAAACUGGUGAAUUAAAGCUGAUUGACUUUGGUUCUGGUGCAUAUCUGAAAGACACAGUCUACAUUACAUUUGAUGGUACACGAGUAUACAGUCCACCUGAGUGGAUCCAGUACCACCGCUACCACGGCAGGGCAGCCACUGUUUGGUCUCUGGGUAUUCUUCUGUUUGACAUGGUCUGUGGAGACAUUCCAUUCGAGAGAGAUCAGCAGAUUAUACGAGCAGAACUAGACUUCAACAGCUGCAAGCACAAAGUCUCAAAUGAAGUACAAGACCUCAUCCGCAAAUGCCUCAGCAUUCGUCCAUCUGACCGUCCAUCAGUUGAGGAAAUUAUAGAUCAUCCAUGGAUGUGCGACUCAAUCUUCAUGCAAACCUCUAGUCAAAAGGACAUAAAAAUUAUGAGGAACAAAAGUGAAACAGACUCUCUAGAUGGACAGUCCAUGAGCAGUCAAGAAUCAGUGUCGAUUCAAUGAUGAAGGUGGAUUUUACAUGAACAAAUAGUAAUUCCAAAGUAAACUGUGCAAUCAAGCAUAUUCACUGCCAAACUCAGGGAUCAGAAUUGCAUUUUCGGCCAAGUCCGACCGUCACUACAUUAUGGUGAACAUGUGAAUACAGGGUCUUAUCUGCCAAGCAGAGCCUCACUGGAAGGGUGUUUUAGUAUUCAUCUGCGAAGCAGAACUGUGCAUGAAAUUUGAACAUGUUAGAUAAAUGAAUAGACUGAAUGGGUAAAUGAGUAUUUAUUUGCAUAAUUGGGAGUCCACACUUCGUGUCGACCAGGAUUGAAUGAUUUAGCUAUUAGUUGUGUUCACCUGUAUGAAAGUUUUGGUCAUCUGUCAUUUUAUGUUAUUGUCCUGUGACAGAGUCAUUUUUCCAAUGACAAGUCCAAGGAGCCAUUUCAAUGCAAAGAUUGUAUGAGUUCACACAAACUUUCCAUCAAGUAUUUACUACAAGAAUAGUGAUUAUCAUUCCAAAACAUCUUUAAUUGAGACAAAGGUGCUUUAUCAGUCAUUAAAUUUUAAUGUAAAACAUAGAAGCCGAAAUCCCUGCCAAAUCUUUACUGUUUUGCUCAUAAAUGUUUUAUGUCAGUGUAUUUAUGUAGUAAGUGUUUUUAUGUCUUAAAAGCGUUGCAAUGUUUUAUUGUACUAUUUUGUACUUUCAUUUAACAGUUUUACUGUAUAAUUAACAUCGAAACACAAGACAUUGACAAUUCUUCCAACUAAAUACAAUUGUAAAAAGUAAUAUGAUCAUGUUACACUUUCAUAUCUGGUAACAUAAAUUAUUUAUUUUUGACAUUUUUUCCAUGCACAAGAUUCUUCAUGGAAAUAUUUGUCUUUUUAUUAAAAAUUUAUGAACCUUCAUUACUUGAACUAGAAAUGGAAAGCAUAUUGUCAAUAUACUGUCAUAUUUUACUAAUAAGUUUGUAUUAAGAAAAUCUUAACUUGCAAGAUGUGAAUUGGAAUGCACUUUGAAAGUUUGUGUAACUCCAUCAAGUUCAUUUGUAAAUAAAUUAUCAUUAUUUAUUUAAUUUAUUAUUUGUUAAAAUUAUAAGACUGUGUUUCUGUAACAACCCCUCACUAAAGAUUCCUUCAAUUUGCAUUUUGAGUUUGUGUUCAAAUUUUCAUGAAACUUGCUCUUAAAUCCAGAGCAAUAUAAAGUUGGCCAUAUGAAGUUAUUGAAACACAGUGUUAUAAUUUUUAAGCUUUGCUGUACAUGCUUAGCUAACUUAUUUCUAUUGUUAACUCUGCCUUGAUGAUUGUAUAUAAAUUAUUUUUAUAUGGAAACAUAAAUGAUAUGUGGAAAAUGUUUAAAAACGAAGAAUUAAAAAUUUUAAAAUAUA